GCAGGUUCUAUCACCAACUGCUUUGUUUACAAUACAUUCAAGCAUCGCGGAACGAAGUUGUGAUGACGUUUUUCCUACGUACACAACUAAUACCCUUCGUAUAGUUCUCCCUCCGUUUCAGUAGUUCAUAUCUUACGUGCAACGUGUACAGUUGCAACGCGUGUGAGUAGCUGCUCUGGAACAAUUGGCGUUCUAACGCUUCCGCAACAGAUUGUGACAAGUAAGCUGAUUCCACAAACUUCUGUUGCAGUUUUACAGUUUUCCAAGCCACAGUGACCAUCCAUAGGCUUUAUACUGGUUCAGAAUAUUUUUGAAAUGGAUAAUAUUUCUUUAAACGGACAGCUUGAACUAAGACAGUCGCGCAGUGGUCGAAUUAUAAUUCCAAGACUGAGGACAUGGACAGGUGAAAGAGCCAUCGUAAACAAAAAAGGGGCAUUGGAAAUCUUGGAGGGUAACAUAGAUUACACAUCAACAUUCCUGUCUGAACGUUCACUUUCGAAGCCAUCACCAUCAAAUAACCAUUCUCAUAUUUCAUCCAGUAAGCCAGAUCUUCCUCAAACAAAGUUGGUCAAGGCCUUCCGGGAAUGUGUUUCUGAAAAGGAAGGGAACAUAAAUGGCAAGAAGACUGUGAAAUCUCAAACAAAAGCAUCACCAAAAAAGAAUUUACAGAAGAGAAAAAAGAGUCCAGAAAAAUGCAGGGCUUCGCGAAACACUGUUCCUUCGUCUAAUAAAGUCUCGCCACUAAAGAUCGAAAAACAAAAAAGAACGAUCCCGGCGAACAAAGUUAGGACUCCAUCUCCACGCAAGAAUCUAAGGAAGCAACAGUCGCAACCACAAGCAGAAGAAGUUGAUAUUUUUGGACCAGAAUUCCAGCCUACUGUCCGCUUAGUUCGUCUUUUACCUGAAGAAAUAUUAUCCCUCACAGAAAAAGAAAACAAAAAUUUCAUGAAAAACAGCUCACUAAAAUCUAUUCCACUGUCCAAAAGCAAAGAAACGACCAAUGGCCAUAAAAAGAAAAAAGUAAAGCAAGCCGUGCAAAUAAAUCUAGUAGAUUUAAAUAGUAGUAGAAGUCGAAGAUCAUCCAACCGGCACCACCCGCACACUGUGCGAGAAACUCAAAAGAUAUUGAGCGUGUUGAACCGUUCUAAAAAUGGGGAAGAAUUGGAAGACGAAGCAAUGAGCACUGCAGCAUUUUUUGGACAUUCGCCAAACAGGCCAGCAAUGAAACUACUAGAUGAGGCCGUUGAAACACUAAGGAAUGACUUCGAGAGCGAUGAUAACUUGAGUAUCAGAGCCGUAUCAGAGAGGGAGUCGAGCCCAAUGUCUUCAGCUGUUUCUCCCAUUGGGUCCUUCCACGAGACAGACGCUGAGAUAUCAGGACGAGAAGACGGUUUGUUGGCAGUAUCGCCUGCCAUAGGAAAUAUCUCUGAGUUUCAGAGAGCUAGAUUGUUGCAUAGAACAUUGAAAGACAAAGCCAAAAUGCUGCGGAAAGCACAGUCUCAUAAGAAGAAAAACCUUUCAUUGGACUCACCUACCAGAUCCCUGAACUCUACUCCGAGCUCAUCUCAAUUAUUAAAACCACGAAUGAUGCGAGCCUUAGAGAAAGAUUUGACGGAGAAAACGUUGGUCUCUCAUGGAAAAUGGGACUAUUCGACUUACUAUCGCGGGAAUUUACUCCAUGUUACCAUCAACUCUGACUCUGAAACGGAUGAUAGUGCAGUAGAUUCCUUGGAUGAACUUUAGUCUCCGCCACCCAUUCCCAAAUCGUCGUGCUUACACAUCCCAGGUAAACCACCAAUAUAAGGCUUCAUUAAUUUUAACAAUUUUAUGAUUGGGUGGUGUUUUAUAUUUUUUGUUGUAUUUUGUGUAACUUAAUGAAAUUCGUUUUUACGAAUCGUUCA